GAUUCUUCAUUACCAUACAAAUUGACGUCAUUGUUUGUGCUGCUGGCAGAAUACUAGUUUGUCUUUCAAAACAAUAUGGUCCAAAUUCUCAGACAUAGGUUAGAAAUGUAACGAACUAACUUGCUUUAUUUGUACUAGCUGGUCUUCUCAUGUGAACUGCAUACUUUAGAUGUAGCUAGCUUAGAAAAAUCAUGAUUUAGCUUGCAUUAAACAAAAGCUGCUUGCUAGCUGAUUAACUUUCUACCGAUCCAGUUUAACUAUAGUAACGUUAGCGAGUUGUAGAUUGUACGGAACUGUAUGGCUAGCUAGGCGCUUGGCUUUUGCUAUUAAGAAAAGCAACGACAGCUACAAAAGUUGUACUUUGACUGGUAAAUUCCGUUGUCUUGACAUGGCAAGCAACGCGAGGUAGCAUUGCAGAGAACGGCUCGACGUUGGACUAAACCAACGUCACCCCUGUGGACCUGUCUGUAUGAUGAUCCCACAAGCCAGGUGUGUGAUGGGCUCCUGGCAGCCAGUUGCUAAUCUAAGGGACUAUGUUUCCCAGCAUCCUCCUGGGGUCACCUUCUUCCUCUGUGUGCUGACCCUUGCCCUCACCUUCCUAAGCCUCGGGUCAUACACGCACACACACCGCCUGCCCAAUCCAAACACGCAGGACUGGAACCACUUCCUGUCGUCGUUGGCCAACCUCCAGUUGUGUGCGAGAGCCAAUGGUACAGCAAUGGAGACAGUUUCCUCUCCUCCAUUUGCGAAAGAGGAGGUGUGUGGAACAGUAUUGCUGAACUCCACCCAGAGCACACCAUCCAUCACACAGUUGUCCCUUUGGGUGCCACUGGCUGUGAUGGACAGCUCAGACAUCCAAUCGCUGAGCGACCUCUGCCUCCAUGGAACGUUAUUGGCCAGUCAGCUGGGACUCACAGGUAAUGAGGCUGUAAACGUGACACUGAUGUUCUCUCCAACUGUGGGGGGCAACUCGCACACCUGCCUUAUCGUCAGCGCACCUACACACAUCCUACCUCCGGCCCUGCUGCCACCUGUGUGCCCUGCCAAUGAAGGGACAUCCUCUCCUGUCAGAGCGAUUGCAAUGGAGAUAAGCAGCCAGAAGCUCUCAGCGUCACAGUCUUGCUACAGUCUACAGUACACACCUGAUCCUACACUCACCGCCAUGCUAACGCAGAAGGAGCUGGGUCUGGCGAGUAGGCAUCUGAUUCAGGUGAGUGUGUGUCUGCUGGGGGUGUGUGUGCUGCUCUGCUUCUCCGCCAGUCUCACACACUCACACGUACGGCGUUACCACAGCAACGGCCUGGAACUGCAAAGGGUUAGGUUUCUGAUCUUUCUGAUUUAAUAAUAAUAAUAUAACUAAUAUACAGUUAGUGGGUUGAAGUAUUUACAGCUCUGCAAUCUAAGUGACAUGUUGUUUAUGUGAGUGUUAUUUAACUCAAGACGUUAUCACUGCUUCCCCCUGUGACAGGAGCCACUGAUUGACUCCUGAACCAGUCUCAACCACACCAUGCAGCUAGUACCCAGUAGAGAAGGAAGAAAGGAGGAUGGUUCGAAUAAAGGACUCUUUCUGAGAGUCUGCUGCUUCUGCUGUUGGGAUCAGAGUUUGAUGGAGCAUCUCAUUUCAAACUGCUUAGCUGCUGUUGUUGAUCUCAACCCAUGCUGUCCACAAACAUUGCCCUCUGGUAGACUUUUGAUGUUCUACUCUGUCAUGUUAUGACUGCAGGGUGAAUGGGCACGUUAUUAAAUAUUUACAUUUUAUUUAAACAUGUUGCCACAUCCUAAGGUGGUUUUAUUCUGCUCAGGCCUCUUGGCACUUCCAUCCAUCUGAGCCGCCUGCAGCUGUUCAUCCCAGUCCAGCUCCUCUCUCUGGAGCGUCCUCCCCACCACUGUCAAGAAAAGUUGGGAGUCACUGCCCAUCUUCUGCAGCAGGCUGAAAAACCAUCUCUUCAUACUGCACCUUGAUACCAGUACUGUCUUCCCCAUCUUAUCACUUCUCCUACAAAGUUCACUUGUGUUGAAUCUUGCACAGUUUAUUUGUUUAAUGAAUUACAGCACUUUUUGUACAUAGUCCCCCCCCCCCCCCAUUUUAGGGGACUUGUGUACUAAAAUAGUCAAAUUCACUUGUGUACUAAAAUAGUCAAGUUUAGUAUUUGUUCCCAAAUUCCUAGCAUGCAAUGCUUACAUCAAGCUUGUUAUUUCAUGUCCAAUAGAAAAGAAUGGUAAAUCACGUAUUGUCAUUUGAGUCACUUAUUGUAAAUAAGAAUGGAAUACGUUUUCCUAAACAUUUCUACAUUAAUGUGGAUGCUACCAUGAUUACGGAUAGUCUUGAAUGAAUCGUGAAUAUCAUACACCCCCCCACAAAAAAAUGCUAACCUCCCUUGUUAUUGUAAUGGUGAGAGGUUAGCAUGUCUUGGGGGUAUAUUUUGCGCGCAAAAUAAUCUGAAACGCAACAAAAACCGCAAAUGCAUCCAACAGGUUUCUAGAGUCACAAGCUUGAUAUAAUCAUUGCGUGCUAGGAAUAUGGGACCAAAUACUACACUUUUGACUACUUUAAUACACAUAUACAUUAAGUGAAUUUGACCCAAUACUUUUGGUCCUCUAAAAUGGGACUAUGCACAAAAAGUGCUGUAAUUUCCAAACGGUUCACCUGAUGUGGAUGAGAAUACCCUCAAAUUAAAGCUGACAGUCUGCACUUUAA